UAUAAGAUGUAAAUAUUCUUGCAUAAUAAAGUUGUAUUAAUGCAUGUUGAUGUGUUAUUUAAUGAUUGCCGCUGCUCCGCACAUCAGGAAUAACCACAAACGCUUGAAAACGUGGUAAGAAGUGUGAGAAAUUCCUCAAAAAUCUGUCCUUCAAGAGUUCUCAAAUACCAAUCAAAUAAGCAGCACACGACCAGAAACCAAAACAGUGGAACUUAAUGUAAAAGAGCCAGAGCCAAUGAAGUCAUGGAUGGGCGUAUGGGAUGCAGAGAAUUAUGGUAGCCCUUGCAUCCAGUAUGUUUUCAUAGCUAAUCCAAAGCAGUCACGGAUUGUUGGUGAUGAAGAUUGUCUCCAUCUCAAUGUGUUCACUCCAAAGCUACCGUCAGCAGACAAUCCGUCUUCUUUAUUUGAUGUAUUUGUCUAUAUACAUGGUGGUGGAUUUAUGAGUGGAGCUGGUAGCUACUAUGGACCUGAACAUCUAAUGGAUCGAGAUGUUGUUGUUGUUACCAUCAACUAUCGACUCGGAAUUUUAGGUUUUCUAAGCAUGGAACAUGAAUUGCUUCCAGGAAAUAAUGGUCUUAAAGAUCAGUCAAUGGCUUUAUCAUGGAUCAAGAAAAACAUUGAAAAAUUUGGGGGUAACCCUGAAAGUAUUACUAUUUCAGGGACGUCAGCUGGAGGAGCCAGUGUACAUUUCCACUAUUUAUCUCCAUAUUCUAAAGGCUUGUUUCAGAAGGGGAUGUCAUUUAGUGGAUCAAGCCUUGUACCAUGGGCAAUAACUGAAGGCUCAAGGGAGAAGUCAGAUAAGCUAGUCAGUCUUGUUGGGUGUGAAGCUGCUGCUCACAAGGAUAUUCUGAAAUGUCUUAAGUCAAGACCAGCAAGGCAACUUGUUGAGAUGACUAAACACUUCCAGGUGUGGCGAUACAACCCAUUCACUCCCUUUGGACCAACAGUGGAAAUUGCAGGGAAAAAGCCAUUCUUGAGUAAACACCCAGCACACUUAAUAACUGAAGGUUCUGUACAAGACUUGCCUUGGCUGACAAGUGUCACUACUGAAGAAGGGCUCUACCCUGCAGCAGAUUUUGUGACAAAACAUGAUGUAAUGAAAGAACUGGAUGCUCGGUUUGAGGAAGUGUCCGCAUACCUCUUGGACUACAAUUAUACAGCUCCACAAGAAAUACACCAUGAAAUAGGGAAGAAAGUUCGGAAACAUUACUUGGGAGAGAAAAAAAUAUCAACAAGUACUGCUGCUGAAGUAAUACAGUUAUUUGGCGAUCGAAUUUUUGUGGUAGAAGUUGAACGUGCAGCAAGACUGCAGGCUAGUAUCAAUAAGUCACCUGUUUAUUUCUAUGUAUUUGGGUACCGUGGCAAAUAUAGUUUCUCAGAAAGUAUGGCAGAAACUGAUGUUAACCUUGGAGUAUCUCAUGCAGAUGACACAGCUUAUAUUAUGAAUGUCAAUGACGUGUUUGGCUUAACACCACUUGAAACUAAAGAAGAUAGGAAUAUGAUGAAUAUUAUGCUGGAUAUGUGCAUUAAUUUUAGCAAAACUGGAAAUCCAGCCCCAGUGAAGAAUCUGAAAUGGCCAACUGUUAAGCAUGAUUCCAAGAACAUUCCUUUCAUCAGAAUAUCGAGCAGCAAAAGUAUUAUUCCAGAUUCAAGUGCUGAUCUUGGAAAUCGUGAGUUCUGGGACUCUCUUGGUAUCCAAGAACCACAAAUACAGCUUAAAAUGAAACAGCCACAAGAUGAACUAUGAAUGUUUGCCAUACAUGUUCCAUUAAUUAAUAGUGCAAGUGAAAAAUAUUAACAGCUUCUAAUUAUAUCUGUGUAAACAUUAGAAAAAAUGUGUAAGCAUGUUAUUUCACAAUAAAGGUGUUUCAUACAAACUCA